UCUGACCGCCUGGCAGCUACUACUGCCAAGGAAAAGCGUCAAAGGACAGUUCGCCGAAUCGAGUGCCACUCGCGAUUCUCGCGUCGCUUUUCUUUCACCAGAAUUUUCCACCUUGCGUUUCCGGUUCAAACCGGCAUUCGUGUCCAUGCUUCCGUGACAGCUCUCAUCGCGCGAAGAUGCGCCAAUGCAAUUGAGUCUGUGUCUGUGUUCCGGUGCUCACUUUGUCACCGGGUUUUUCGAUAUUUUUUCACACUUCGACAAAAUUCGCGAGUUACAAGUUGUGAACAAAUCCAGUGUUUUACUUCCGGAAAUAGAAAAAAGCCAACGUCGUGUUUCGUGCUGUCUGCCAUAAUACUCCUCGAGAAAAAUGGAGCAAAUGAAUGGAAAAAUGCAUCAUGGAAACGAUGAUGAUACAACCUCUCUUCGUGUUGACAUCCUCAACCCCUUUGUGCAUCGCCUGGAGCUUGACACGACCUAUGACAAACUCAAGACGGCGUUUCUGACAGUGGCCUUGCUGCCAUUUAGACUGGCUGCAAUCACAGCUUUAGUAAUAAUUGCUUGGUUAUUGGCUUGUUUAGGACUUCACGGUUUGUCCGAAGAAGAUCUUCGGAGAGCGCCUAUUCAGGGAUGGAGACGAGACAUGCGAGUGGUGGUCUGCUGGAUAAUGAGGGCUCUCUUCAUUUGCGGCGGAUUUCAUCAUCUGAAAGUCAAAGGUGAAAAAGCGGCAACGAAGGACGCCCCAAUAUUGGCCCUAGCACCCCAUUCUUCUUUCUUCGAUGCACUUCCGGUCGUUUAUCUCGGCGGACCAAGUAUCGUCGCCAAAGCAGAGACUUCAAACAUCCCUUUUUUCGGCAAACUCAUCAAUUAUACACAACCAGUUUAUGUUUGGCGGGAUGAUCCAAAUUCAAGACAAAAUACCAUUAAGGAAAUAAUCGAGAGAGCAACUUCAGAAGAAGAUUGGCCACAGGUAAUGAUAUUUCCUGAAGGCACUUGCACAAAUCGCUCUUGCUUAAUCACAUUUAAGUCGGGAGCCUUUUAUCCUGGAGUGCCCGUACAGCCAGUUUGCAUAAGGUAUCCCAAUAAGCUGGAUACGGUUACGUGGACUUGGGAAGGUCCUGGAGCAUUGAAAUUAUUGUGGCUGACUCUUACUCAGCUGAACAGCAGUUGCGAGAUUGAAUUUCUGCCAGUCUACAAACCUAGUGAAGCUGAAAAGACCGAUCCUAAGCUUUAUGCAAACAAUGUUCGUCGACUUAUGGCAGAAGCUUUAAAAAUUCCUGUGUCAGACUACACAUAUGAUGACUGCAGAAUAAUUAGCAAAGCUCAUCAGCUUCAUAUUCCUCAUGCCUCCAACAUAGUCGAGUCCCACAAACUUCGCUACAAAGUCGGCCUACUGAAGGCAAAGACAGAAGAGGAAUUGGUGCAGAACAAAACCGGAAGGCUUCCCUCAGAAGUCGACCUGCAUGAAUUCGCCAGAUUACUCAGACUCGAUGAUAAGGAAAUUUCAACUCAGCAGCUUUUCAAAAUUCAAGAUAGGCUUGGAUUAGGAAAGGUGGACGUUGAAGAGUACGUCUUCACUGUACUAGCAGUAGCUAAUGCAAAUACAGAAAUAGAUAUGAUACAUCUUGCAUUUGAAGUUUGCAGUUCUAAUGCAAUGCAAUACUUAAACGCAAUGGAGCUUAGGAAAGCUCUGAAGCUCGCAAUUCAUAUUCCAUCUGAAGAGUCAGAUAGGAUCUUCUUCCAAGCUAAAAGGGAAGAAAAUAGUGACGUAGUCAGUUUAGAUGACGUUUUGGUGGUUCUGAGUUCGCGAACAGAAUACGCACACAUGUUCGCCAGCAGCAUCGAAGUGAAGAGAAAAAAGACCAUUUGAGAAUGCCUUUGUCCAAAAUCACGAAGUCCUCCACUUACGCGAAAACAUCGCGACUCCGAUAGUCCACUUGUGAAUAAGAGUAACAGCCCCGUGUAAUCAUGAGAGAAAUUACAGAUUAUAAGCUAAUAAUACUACUAAUUUUAUAUCUAGUGAUGUAUCAUCGCUGGUGGUGAACAAGCCGAAGCAAGCGUAAUGCAAGAGAACACAACCGACAGUUGGGCAGAAUUGACAGUCAAAUCAGCAUAUAGAGACUUAAUUCCCUUGUAGGGGCCGACGAACUCGGUUGUUAAACAUAACUUAUUUCUCUUAAAGAAAUGUCAUGUAAAUAAUAGUGGCUAAGUACGAAUGUUCAUUGUCGGUGCAUCCGAGUUGGCAUCUUUGAAUCUAGGAUUUUUUUCAUACAAGAUGAACGAACGAGGAAAUGUUUAUAGAAAUCAUGUGAAGAAAAUGUCUCAUAAGAGCAAAUUCGAAAUUGUUGUACUACCAAUGAUUUUCUUAUAGUCUUUAGAAAUAGUAAAAAGGCUAUAUUUUCUUUGUAUACUCAGAAAAAAGAUCUGUUGAUGUUACACAUGUCCUAUAUUAAAAUAAUGAAAGCAUAGUUUUUCAUGCAGAGCUGAAAAAAUUUCCUGUAACCUUUACAGAAUUUUUUAGGUAUCCUAUAGAUUAAGGCACAUUUUCUAUAAAUCUUCAAAGAAAUUUCGUUAAAACCAUGCCGAAAGUUCCGCAAAUCUUAUAGGAUUAUCUUUGUAAAUAUGACAGAAAAAUGCAUGCUGUCAGCAUUCUGUAAAAUAGCUAUUUAUUCUUCUUGAAAUAUUAUAACUUUCAAUAUGUCCUCUCUUUCUUAGACCCACCUAAAACUAUAAUUAUAUUGAAACAAAUCCAAUUUUCCCACUGCAAAUAGUGUAGUUUCUGAUUCUCUGAGUCACCAAACUCUAAAGACAUAACGUAAGUAAGACGAUAGAAUAUUUUUUACACGAUGAAGUUUCUGCCAACUCUGGUAUCGUGAAUUCAGAUUUAGAAAAAUCGAGAAAGCCAAUGCACUGGUGCCUAGAAAAUAGAAAUAGUUUUAAAAUGAAUCCAUAUUAGAAUGCUCAGGGUUCGAUGGCUCGAAAUUUACUGUACAUUGGCGCGUCAUACAUUGAAGGAAUUGCUUAUAAAAAGAAAAGAAAAAGCAUUGCAAUUUCUCAGAGUGUUUAUAUGAAAAUGUUAGGUUUAAACUAUCAAUAGAAAUGCUCUAAAAAUUCUCAGAAGAAAAAUUCUGUGUUUUAUAUUUUGGAUACCCUGCGCUCGAAUUUCGAGUCUCAUCUCAUGCAUAGCUUAGAGGCGUUGGCCUUUAAUGCGAAAGGCCAAAAGAUUCAGGUGGGGGGGGGGGGUGAACCCCAUAAACACCUCCCCUGGAUCCGCCACUGGUCUCAUGCAUUACAUGGUGGAACUAGAAAGGCGUCACUACACCUUUUCUAAUUCUACUAUUGUCUUAUUGAUUAUUAAUCAUUUAGCUUAGACGAGCAUUUCGAGAAUAAAGAUAUUAUAAAAUUUAUUUAUCUCAUUCAGUAAAAAUACAUUCUUCAGUAUUUAAUAUGUAAUAUAUGAUAAGACAUUGGUCGCCGCAAAAUUCGCUAAAUAUAAUGGAAUUAGGCGUACGCGAACAUACUGACUUAUGUGGAGUAACACAAUUUAUCGGCGAAUUAAAGCUUUGUUAAAAAAAAGUAAAUCGAUCCAUGCUUCCAUCAAAACGGAACCAUAUAAAUCACUAGAAAAAUAUAUUUCAAACACAUUCAUGUUCUUUUCUUUCUUGAAACCUCAGACUAAGAUUUCUACUUUCUUCAAUCUGAAUUUUAGAACGAGUUCAGAUGAAUUUUUUUUUUAAUCUCCUGAUACAGGUUGCAACAUUCAUACUAGGGUCAUUCAUUUUAUAAGGCAAAACUAUGAUUUCCCAAUCUUUACAUGCACCCUAGCCUAAAUUGUACCUUUUUAGUCAACAUAUUCUUAAAAAAAAAAGAUUCAAUAUCCGACGAUUAUUAGAUUUAUCCUUUUAAUUUAUUUUUUUAUCAUCUUAAUGUCUUGAAAAUGCAUGUACAUUAAACUUCCAUCCAUUUCAAAGGCCUUUAAACGUACACGUUCGAUAAUAGACAGGCUUGCGACACCCCUACCUAUAUCGCGACCUUCGGGUUAUUUUUGUCAAGCGACGUUCAUUGGCUGCCCCGUCCUUGUAUCGAUGAGUGCGCAGUAAGAAACUUUUUCAACUACGCAUGUGUCGAAAAGUGCGGAUCUAUUUGAAAUAAAUAAGGGACCGUUCAAAAUAUUACCUAACGCUUCUUCCUGAUAUUUACUCCCCUUCCCCGCCAAAGCACACGUAACGCUUAACAAAUUUUCACGUUUAAAUAAUUAAUUUCAUUGAACAUAAGAAAUAGUGCCAUAUAUAACAUUUCAUAAAAAAAUUACAAUUUUCCAACUAAAAAUCGAUAUAAUAGAAUCAAAGAGCUACUCAAAUAUUUCGCGGAAUAGUGAGUAUUGUAGCAUGCCGUCACAGUCAUGCUAGGAUAUGUCGAAAUUUCAAGAAGGUUAGCAUAAUUCUUGGCAUGGAAUUGCGAUUACAUACACCUUUUUGGAGAAAAUAUUCGAAACUUAAAAGUAGGUUGCAAAGGCCUGAAUAGUUAUAUUCCUCAAAAAAUUUGUCUGCACUUCCAUGACGUCGUACUAAAUUUCUCAAUUCAACAAAACGAGGGCUUCCCGCUCUUCGGAUCUGUUUUUAAUUGGCCAGCCACUGACAUGGACGAGACCGCAUUAGACCGUAAUGGGAGUUGACGGAACUGCGCAAUUUUUUAAUAUGCCUGUAUAAGCCAUAAGGGAUUUAGAAUAGGUGAACUUUCAAAUAUGCGGUCUAUAAAAUAGGCAGAAAAUCACGGUAUUAAAUUUGUAUACACAUAGAAUAAAUUAUCACAAUCAUUUUACAUAACUGAAUAAACAUUUUUAAACUCUCAUUUUUAAGGAAAAUAAGAAUUUUAUCUUACUUCUUUCACAUUUUUCUAUAACAAUUUGUCAUACGGGGUGCCAAUUACAAAAUACAAUAUGUAAAGUAAAAAAAA